CUGAAGCAGGGCAAUCUUCUCCAGUUAUGGGGGGUGAAGAUGAAAGAGAUCGGAGCCGGGGAGCCGAGGCAGGCCAAUCUUCUCAGAUGUGGGGUUUGAAGAGGAAAGGGGCUGGAGACGGAGGAUGCGAGGUUGCUCCCUUGGAGUCGGAGCUGCCUCCGGCGAAGAAGAGGUCGAGGAGAUUGAAUGGGGGGAGUAAUGGUGGGGCCGUGGUGGCUCAGCCUAGAGUUUGCCCCUUCUACAAAAAGAUUCCAGGGACGCCAUUCACUGUUGAUGCAUUCCGCUAUGGCUGUGUUGAAGGAUGUUCGGCAUAUUUUCUCACCCAUUUUCAUGCUGAUCACUAUGGUGGCCUUAGGAAAGGAUGGUCUCACGGCCCUAUUUACUGCACUCCUCUCACCGCUCGGCUUGUUAGAAUGUGUCUCUAUGUCGAUCCAUUGUUUAUCCGGCCUCUGGAAUUGAACGAAGAGCAUAUAAUAGGAGGAGUUAGAGUCACACUGUUAGAAGCUAAUCAUUGUCCCGGUGCAGCUUUGAUUCACUUUCGUCUGUCAAAUGGUCAAUGCUACCUGCACACGGGAGACUUUAGAGCCUCAAAGCUGAUGCAAGCUUACCCUCUUCUUGCAAACCAACGAGUUGAUGUGCUUUACCUGGACACGACUUAUUGCAAUCCAAGAUACAAGUUCCCUUCCAAAGAAGAUGUACUAAGUUAUGUUGUCAGAGUUUCUAAUGACUUCCUCAAAAAGCGGCCCAAGACCCUUAUUGUUGUCGGGGCUUAUAGCAUUGGGAAAGAAUGUGUCUACCUUGCUCUUUCAAAGGCAUUAGGGGUUAAAAUCCACGCAGAUACAUCACGGAGACGUAUCCUGCAGUCCUUCAACUGGUCUGAACUGUCCGAGAGGAUCAGCUCGAAUCCAAAGGAUACAAAUCUUCAUGUCCUGCCUAUAUCAUCCCUGCGGUUUGAAAUCCUUGAUAGUUAUUUGAAGUCUUAUGGGAAUCAAUACACAGAUGUUUUGGCAUUCCGACCAACUGGUUGGACCUACUCCGAGCGUACACAAUUGAGCCUAAUCAAACCCAUCUCCAAAGGCAAAGUUACCAUUUAUGGAGUUCCUUAUAGUGAGCACUCCAGCUUUACAGAAUUGCGGGAGUUUGUGCAGUUUUUGAGGCCAAGCAAGAUCAUUCCGACUGUGAAUGUUGGGAAUGCUUCUACUAGAGACAAGAUGCAAUCGUACUUUCAGGAAUGGCUGAAAGACAAAUCCAUGAGCCAUAAUUCAUAAUUUCUGCCCAUCACUGCAGAAAUCUUCAGUCCCCCACAAGUUUACCAUUUAUUUGACCGCACCUUCAUCAGUUGUACAAGAUACAGAUGUCACCAACUCUUUAUGAACGGGCUUAACUUAUGAACUUAAGUUGGUGCAAAGUACUGGAAGUCCACAUGCUCAUACGACAUUCUAUUUUGCGGGAGUUCACAAGAGGAGAAAGAUGACAUACUGAUAAAGCCAAAAGAUACAGACGACCUUUGUUGGUUCAUGACCUUGUUGUAUUUUCCUUGAGAAAAACAUUAUUAUUUACACAUAUACGCAUUUCUGUAAGCAAGGUUCUUGUUUUCCUUUUU